UCUCUUUGAAUACGACGAAUUAGACUGUCACAAGCUGAUGAAGUGUCAAAAAUCAAAACAUUACCUCGCAGCGUCGCCUUUCUGCAGUGAUAAAUUAAAUUUAUGUGUAGGAAUUUAAUAAUUGUUAUUUAAUCCUUGCAAUUUCGUAUUUAACCUGAAUAUCAUCAAGGUUUGUUUGUGGGAUAAACGUUUCAGCACAUAAUGAGGAAACUAAAAGGAACAGUCAAAGAAACUGCUAAACAGAAAAGAGAAAGAAAACAGGAAUUUGCUAAAAUGCGACAGCAAAUCAACACUAUCGUUAUACCAACUUUUGCUGUUAUUUUCUUGUUAAUUUGUAUUUAUGUUUAUUUUAAAACUAGGCCGACAUCAAUGCAGUACGCUUGAAUUGUAAAUUACAUAUAGUUAAGAGAUAUAAUCCUGUAAAGUGUAUAAAUGUAUUUAUAAAUGGGAUGAAAACUGAAUUAUACUGUGGUUGUGAAUCAAUUAAAUAGCGAGACUUAAAUAUUUGUGAAAUACAAUUGAAAUUAGCUUUAUUUCCAAACUGCAAAUAAUUUAUUUCUAUUUUCUUUUGACAAACAUUCCAUAAAUGUUUACAUAUCAAAUUUUAUGUAUAUACACAGAUUAAAUAUAUUUAUUUAAGAUGUUUAAAAUUCUUUUAUUAAUAUCUCAUAAAACAGUCAAUAUUUUUGAUUUAAACAAUAUGUACAUAGUGUUAUGAAAUUAGAAAUUUAAACAUUGAUAGCAGACAAGCAUUAUAUCCAAAAAAACAUUACUAGUUUUGUUUUAAAAUUUUCAUGGUUACGUAACUUGUAUAGAAAAUGUCUGGAACAGCAUAAAUGUGAGAAAGACAAGUCCUCAAUUUAGGAAAAGAUUCUAUAUUUAGUCAUUAUAAAGAUUUCAGUGAAGGUGGUUUUUAACAAUACCUUUCGAAAAUUUAAUCUCAUUUAUUGAAUUGCAUUAAAGUUCCUACUGCUUUAAAUGAUAUUAACUAGAAGCCUUUUCCAAAAAUUACCUAUUUUAGAUGUGGGGGGUAUUACCUAGUUUUACCCUAGAGGCCUAGAGUACUUUCUACUUCAUCCUGGAUAGCG